AUGGAAAAGAGAAGCUCUCCACUCGUCAACCUUAUACCUUUCGCACAGUGCUCACCAUCCAGAAAGUACUUGAAGAUGGAGCUUCAGCGUGGGCGACCCAUUACAGCAGCUUUGAUUCUCAGCAAGAGCAUCGACCUGAUCUCAUCAACGACCUCAGUCCGGGCAUUGUCAGCGAAUUCGACAACUACCCUGACACGUCUCCCCCAGUCCCAAUCGCCCGAAGCCGAGUACGACGACAACUGGGACUCAGCAGAGAUGGCGGACCCUUUCGAGGUUCGGAUGCGCUUCACGGCCCAGCUCCAGCAUCUCAACGCAUCUGUCACCUCGGCUCAGAAGGCCGCUCAGUAUGCCCUCAAGUACAAGGACAUGGACGAGGACCUGCAUUCUUGCAUCCUCGAGCAGUUGGAGCGGAACAACAUGAACACUCGCGCCAACAUCAUGUACUUCAUCGAGCAUUUCCUGGAGAUGGCUCAGAAGGAGAAGCACAUCGACUAUGUCCGCAUGAUGCAGCGCGACAUCAUCCGCAUCGUCGACGCAGUCGCUCCUGAUGACGGAUCUGGCGCCGCCAAUGUCAAGGUCGUCAGAAGAGUUCUCCGGGGUCUCCAGCAGAAGGACUUCCUUGAGGCGCGCACCGUCGACGAGAUUGAAGAGGUUCUCAAGGAGCGCGAGACCAGCGCCCACGACGCUGGCCUCUCAUCGCCCGUUAACGGCGACGUUGAAAUGGGCGACGCGCCGCCCGCCCAGUCGCUCCCGACCAACGGCCGGGCCCUGCGGCUGGAGAAGCGCCAGAUCGAGCAGCGCAUCGAAGAAGACCGCGAGCGCCACAAGCGUCUCCGCGAGAACAUCUGGGCGAUCGGGGCCCAGGACAACGCCGAGGUCGACAAGAUCUGGGAGGAGACGAGCGACUUCGGCGACGACGACCACAUCCUCGCCGAGGAGGAGUUUGCCGAGUUCACUCAGGCCAUGCAGCACUCGUGCCCCCCUAAGCCACCCGCCGGCCCUGCCAGCACUCGCAUCGUGAAUGGUAAGAAGCGUUGAGGGCUGCCAAGGGGAUCACUUCGUCAGCUUCGCAUGGGCAUAUCUUGGCGUUCGGGAAGGCGGAGAAUUGGCGUUCAAAGGGUCGGUUUCGGCGGCUGGGUUCUAUACAGGUACUAUUUUUGGGCAGUACCGGGCCUUGGGGUUCCCAUCAAACAGUAGCUUAAGCAACAACAGGACGAUGAACUGUAUUGUCACGUUCACAGAUUUCAAGAGAGAGAGAAAA